AUGGAUGGACAAGACUCAAGCCAAAUCCCCGUGCCCGUUGCUGGCUGGGCCACUUGGAUUGUUCCGGUGCCGGGAAAGCUGCCGCGAUUCCCCCUAGCUCCCCAAAGCCAUGGAAUCGUCUGGCCAUGGCCAGGCCAGCCCAUUAGCAAGGUAGAGGCUGCUGCUGCGCGAUCCAUCCAUCCACAGAAGGGACAGAAAUGCAAGGAUGUCGUAGGUGCGAGUGGCCGCUGCGGCUAUCGAGAGUUUGCUGGCGCAUCGGACCCCAGCUCAGCUGUCGGUUCGUGUCAGCAGCCCAGCCAGGAAUUAGGAUUAGACACUCCCGACAAUCUGCAGACUCUGCCUAUGGCUGCUGAAACCCCAAGCCUUGUGCACCCGCGAGACGACGGAUAA